GUUAAGUCGAGGCUCGCGGACGGGCGCUGAACCCUCGACUAAUUGGCACUCAAGUUACGCAAACCCAAUUCUGUUCCGUUGAUUAUGUAAGCGAGGGAGCGGAAAACCUUGUUGCCAGAUACCUAUUACUACUGCUAAGGGAAGCGAACUACUACUACUACUACUACUACUACUACUACUACUAUUACUACUACUACUACUGGUGCUAUUGGUUUUACUGCAACUUAGGAAGGCGAGGAGUUUCAACUAGCCAAGAGGAAGAAGAAGAAGAAGAAGGGAAGAAGAAGAAGAAGAAGGUGAAGAGAAAGAACGAGGAGUUCGAAAUCACACCUUCGUCGCCUUCGUCAGCCUCACGCCGAAGCUCACAAUGGCGAUGCUGGUAGGCGAGGCACGGCGACUCCAAGACACUCACCCUUACACCGUCUUCCACCACCUGGCUCACCGCGCCCCCACGCAGGACAAGACGGCUCUCCUCCACGACGCCACCGCCACCACCUACCACCAGCUGGGGCAGAUGGUAGACUCCCUCUCCUUAUGGCUGACGGAGAACCUGGAGCACAUUGUGAAAAGGGGUGAACGGGGCGGCGAGGGUGGUAGUGGUGGUGGUAAGUGCGCUGCUCAAGUCUCCUGCGAUAGUGAUGGUGGUGGUCAAAAAUCAUAUCCCACCGCUGCCACCAGUGUAGUGAAUCCCGCCGCCUCCACCACCAUCGUAGCUCUUUGUCUCCCGCGCUCCCCCGUCCUCGUGGCGCUCAUCCUGGCCAUCUGGAAGCGAGGCUGGGCUUACGUUCCCUUAGACCCCGCCGUCCCAGCGCUAAGGACCUCGUAUGUGAUCAAAGACUCCCGCCCAGCUUGUAUUAUUACGGACACGCAGACUAAAAUCAGAAUCAAGGGUCUGGAGACUGACUACGCCCUCGCCACGGCCAUUGCGUCCGCCGAGCAGCCGCCUGAGUCCAGCUACGUCAUCAGUGAGAGGAUCUUGGACAUCACAGGCUGGGAGAGCUCCACGACGUUCCCUCACGCCAGGAAUGGAGGCAUGGACGACGUGGGGGAGGAAGGAGAAACAGACGCUGUGCAGAACAAGAGUAGUUCAGUGAAGGAUAGCUGUGUGUGUGGCGUGGAGGCCGUGUGCCCAUCGGACGGCUUGGCCUGCGUCCUCUAUACAUCCGGCAGCACGGGAGACCCCAAGGGCGUGAGGCUGACCGUGGAGAACGUCAUGAACCGCCUCUCGUGGCAGUGGGAGGCGCUGCCCUUCGCGGAGGACGACGUGUGCCUCAUGUCCAAGUCCCUGACCUUCGUGGACUCCCUGACGGAGGCGAUGGUGCCGCUGCUGGGGGGCACGCCGCUGGUGGUGGUGAAGGAGGACGCCAUCAACCCGGAGCUCCUUAUCAGGUACGUGUGUCAGUACGGCGUGACGCGGGUGGUGGCCGUGCCGUCCCUGCUGAAGCUGCUGCUGCUGUACCUCAACACAACCAAGGAGGCGACCCGCGUCUUGCUGCAGCAGGUGCGGGUGUGGCUGACCAGCGGCGAGCCUCUCCCGGGCUGGCUGGCCAACGACUUCCACGCGACCUUCCCCGGCAGGCGCCUCCUCAACCUCUACGGCAGCACGGAGAUCACCGGCGACGUGACCUGGUGCCCCGUGCAGGAGGCCAACUGGAAGCCCGGCGUGAGGGUGCCGGUGGGGGCGCCGCUCCACAACACGGCCGUCCUGGUGCUGCGGGGAGAGGGUGCCGCGGGGACACGAACCCUGGCCGACGUGGACCAGGUCGGCGAGGUGGCGGUGCUGGGCAGGAACGUGUCGCCAGGGUAUUUGAAGGGCUAUGUCACCUCCUCCUCCUCCUCCUCCUCCUCCUCCUCUCCGUUCCGCCCCCUCUCCUCUAUCGUGAUCAAGGACGAGAAGAAGAAGAAAAUCCUACACGACUACCUCACUAAAGUCCACGACCUCGCGCGCCCGUCCCAGCCGCCCCAGACGACCCCAACCUCCGUCAGUAGCAACGAGGCGGAGCGAAAGCCACAAGCAUCAGCCGGCCCUCCCCCAGGCUCCACCCAGCACCCUACACCCUCCCCCAAACCAACAUCCACCCCGCCCACGCCUCCCCCACGAGUUAAAAUGGGCACGGCGCUAUCCCACUCACAGGGGAGAACAUCCACCCCGCCCCCAGUGCCCCCGAGAACGUCCCCAAGGAUUCCUCCACGCCGCAUGUCCACCACGCCUUCGUCACCCGCUAAAACGAUGAAGGCAGUGGAGAACGAGGAGGCGAAGAAGGGAACACAGCUGAAGAAGGAAGACAUGAAGCCGAAACCGAAUCAGAACGAAGUCAGAAAGGAAGACGAAGACGCGAAGAAGAAGGAGAACGAGAGAGGAACGAAACUAGGAGAACAAAAGGACGUCAAAGAGAACGAGGGGGGAACGAAACCAGAAACCAAGAAUGAAGAAGCACAAGAGAACGGAAAUGAACCGGAGAAACCCAAACUAAAUAACACAAGUGAAACCAAGAUGACGGAAGGGGUCAAAAAGAGAGACGAGGCAACUAAGAGAACCGAAGAAGGGGAGGAAAGGAAAGGGAGAGAGGAGGAGAGUCAGCCCCUGGAGGAGACAUUAGUGUACCUGACGGGGGAUCUGGGAAGGGUGUGCGGGGGGCAGGUGGUGUUAGAGGGCCGUAGAGAUUCACAGGUAAAGGUGAGGGGCGUGAGAGUACACCUGGCUGAGCUACAAGACGCCCUUCACUGCUCGGGCUAUGUCUCCAACCAGUGCGUUUUAGCAACAGGCGGAGGAGGAGGAGGAGGAGGAGGAGGAACCACAACCACCACAACCACCACAACCACGGAACCAGACGGCGAUGACGAAGACCAGAUCCUAGUCGCCUUCGUCGUCCUCAAACCCGAGUAUACCGACCAGGAUACAUCAGCCACGGAGGACAUCACCCGCUGCCUCGCCCUCUACCUCCCCCAAGCCGUGGUUCCGAGGGUGGUGGUGCUGGACGCCCUCCCUCACCUGGCCAGUGGAAAGGUGGACCGCCAGGGGCUUCUCAGGAUAUACCGAAGAAGGGUGGUCCAGCAUCGAGGCUCUCAGGACGGCUACCUCAUACUUAGGAAGGAGGAGCCCAUUGAGUCCCGUGUGCUAAGGAUCAUCUGCGGGGCCCUCGGGGUGAGCCGCUCCCAGGACGUCUUGCAGAAGAACUUUUUCGACCUGGGCGGCAGCAGCAUCACCUCCGUGGGCGUGGUGGUGCGGCUGCGGGAGCUGGGGCUGGAUUUGACCCUUGAGAGCUUCCUGAAGGCGGCGACGAUUGGCGACGUGGUGAACGAUAUCCUGAAGGCAAAAACAAUGGCCGAAGUGAUGAACCUCUUCUGCUCGCCCUGCCCCGCCCCGGCCUCCACCAGCCCCACACAGCUCUCCGGCAGAAGGGGCAGCAGGAGAGCCGAGGAGAUCACCCUAGGAGGCGGCGUGGUCGGGGGGGGAGGAGGAGGCGGUGGCGGAGGAAGAGACAUGGAGGAGGAGGAGGAGGAGGAAGAAGACCCCGUGGCUGAUUUGGGUAUCCCCGCACUACACCCCGACCUCCCCGUCUCCUGCAGAAGUAGCCCGCACGCCCUGCCAGCGGGGAAGACGAAGGGGAUACGGCUGGCGCAGUUACACACACUCCCCGUCUCUCAGGGUGUGGACAAGGCAACAGUUAUCGAGAUGGUCGCGGAGAGCUUCGCCGCCAGGAACCCUCUGGACGUGGCCGCGGGGGUGACGAGGGCCGCCCACAGGGUCCUGCUGGGUAACCUGUGGCCCUGCCUGGUGCAUGAUGACCUCAGCUUCGUGGUAAAGGACCCGAAGCGAGGGAUCCUUGGAGUGGCCAUCAACACUGACCUCUUCAAUGAGCCACAGGUCGAGGUCCCAGCCAGCAUGGAGGUGGUCGCCAGUCUCCACGCCCCGCUAGAGGAGGAGGCCCGUCACUACCUUCGCCAGGAGACCACCUUCGCCUCAGCCUCCCCCUCCAACGCGGGCAGCAGGCGGAACAGCACGGUGGGGGGGACGAGGCGGAACAGCGGCGGCGGGAGUAGGCGAAACAGCAGCGCCAGCCAGGCCCCGCGUGGAGGGUGCCUGGGAGCAACCCCUCGAUGGCUCCACAACCUCUUCCUCGCCACCAGCAGCUGUCUCUCCCCGCAGGACAAUGUGAGGCUGUCGCUGCACUUGGAGAAGGAGGUCGUGAAGUUGGCGAAGAACAGGCUGUACCACGGAGUCUUCACAGUCAACUCCAACCCUCUCAACCAGCUGCUGUGCGAGACCUUCCUUGGCUACGAGCGGACUGGUGCCGUGCGUGUCAACUCCUUCGUGCACCAUGGCCGCCGCCCCUUCGCCUCCCUCCCCCACCACCUCCUGCUCGUGGCCAUGACCAAGGCACUCUAGGCCCCCACUAUGACCCUAUCACAUGACCUCUGAUGACCACGGCACACUAGGUCACCUGCACCCCUUAAACCCCCCUGCCCCCUUUCCAUCACGACUUUUGUUGACCUCCUUGUGGCCUAAAACCCCCAAUUCCUAGUGAAUGUCAUGGCCCACAGUAACUUUUAUUUGACCUGGUGACCUAUAGUUACCUUUAAUUCUUGACCUCCAUGACCCUCUGUAUGUUGAGUACCCUCCAUUGCCCUCUGAUGACCUCUAAUGUCCUAAGAUGACCUCUACAGUGUACCCAGAUGACCCACACACAAGCCUACGCCAACUCUGUAAAUGUUCAUGACCCUCAGUGACCUGUGCUGACCCUGGUGUUGUUCUGUGCCUCUUGUGUGACCUCCACUACUCUUGGUUUGCUCUGUGACCUCUCCCAAGAGUCUUAAUGAUUAAAAAAUGUCUUAACGAUAGAACGGCUUGCUUCCCUUGUGAGGUGGAGGCCUGGCUUGCUACAGCAGGGCUCCAAGCACCCGUCAGUUGUGGGGCAGCAGUGUACAGGCGUGUGCUUGGAGAGCCAUCGCGUUCAGUAAGCACCACCAGGAAGCCAUGCAUUGGUCAGAAGUCAGACUUAACCCUAAUGUGCUAUAAUUUUACAACACAAUCAGUAGUCACUGGCGUUGGGUUUG